AUGCGCGAAACAGUCACCUUUGUCUACCCCCCAGACGGCGCUGUCGACCCCAAGGCCUUUCAUGUCCAGCCAGCUGGCCUCCUGGGCCCCGCGGCCGACGUUGUGCGCCAAGACCGCUUGACGGUCGGCCUGGACCAACUGCCGCCGGACAUUGCCAGCCUGCUUCAGGGCUACCACGCGCUUCAUCUAACGUGGACGAGCCCUCACGCCUACGACACGCUCGAGCCCUUUAGCUCCCGUCAGUCGCCCGGUCUGCGUGUCUUCUUGACGCCCUCAGCCAAACGAGCACAUGAUCCAGUGAAGCUAUGCGAGAUGCUGCAGAUAAUGGGGCCUCUGGACUGCAUGACCACAGAGGCAUGGACCGCCGCUCACACGACUGAGCGCGGCGUCUGGGGGCCCUUGUCCUUUUACCAACAACUGGAACACCUCUCCGCCUCUGUCGAAUCGGCAACCCGCGACCUUUGCCCAGACACAGACUCCAUCUGCCAAUCUCGCCUGCGCACCUUGUACACGGCCGCCAGCUUGGACCUAUCAUACAGCUCGACCGAUCGGGCUCUCUGGAUUUCUGCCUUUUGGCCUUUGAGGGAGCAUUCCAUUACUGUCCUCGUCUUGCCAGGGAGGCAGACCGAGGUGGGCAUCUUCACCAAGGACUCAGCACCUAAUCUCGGGCCAUAUGGAGUUGGCCUUCACGGCAUACUAAAUGUUCUCGAAGACCAAAAGGAGCCCUCCCCCGCUCUAUUUAUCUUUCGCUCACGACAUAAGCUAUAUAACGCGUCGUUUGCGUCAGAGUUUCUAAGGCCGAUAGGCGUCCAUCCAACGUUACAGUUUAAGCUAAGCACUAAUAAGCCUCCGGUUCAAGACGCGGAGUGCGCUCCGUAUGCAUAUCUCACGCUCCCUAAAACCAUGUUUGCCAACCGUUACCACUUCGAGGAUAAGAUCUUCUUGGCGUCUAAGAACCUUAGUGCCUCUCGGUAUACAACUCUGCCAGUUGAGCUAGAGGCUCCUGAGUAUAACAUCAAGACAUGGGGGUCUAACGUCUUGCUUCAACUGGCGCCUCCUAUCUCUAGCGACGAACAGAUUUGGACCGCCCAAGUGCCACUUCACCUCCGCUAUCUUAAGCCGAGGGCCUCCGGGUAUACGCAAGUCGAGGUUCCCUACCCGGUCGUCUUUUGGGCAUGCCAGCCGGGAGGCGACGAGGAUCCUGCGAGCAACCCGUUUGAUCGCCGUCAUUUGGGGUACGAUGAACUAUUUAGUCCCGGCACCAUAUUUUGGCACGUUAGCCCUAAGCCCGAGGUGGGAAAUCGGGUCAUGAGUUCUAUCACAGUUCCGGUUCUCAGGGAGGAUAGUGCCGCGUGGGUUCGCCUGGGAACAACGGCCGCGAUGGUCCUGGGUUGUGCAUGGGUCAUAUGGAAUCUCUUGGUCGCGUUGACGGCCCCGGCUCAGCAGGACCCGAAAAGGAAAGAGGCGAGACACAGAGUCAAAUAA